AUGUCUUGUCAUGUCAUUGUCUUCAAAGAACAACUCAAGAAGGCUAUUCUCGAAGAGGUUGACAAAGGCAAAGACUCGUAUGCCGCCAAAAAACAUUACUUACCCCACCAGCCCGUAAUAACUCUAACCAAAGAAACUACAAAACUCUGCAUAGUCAUCAGUGUGUCAACGCACUACAAAGGAUGCCCAUCAAUCAACGACGUAGUACACCAAGGACCAACUAUACUACCCAAACUGUACGGCAUACUAUUACGAUUCCGUACGGCGAAGUGUGUACUAAUAUCAGAUGCAGAGAAAGCAUUUCUCCAAGUGCGUAUAGAAGAGACUGAUCGAGAUUUCACUAGGCGUCUCUGGAUAAAAAGCAUCAACAAACCAUUAACGCCUGAGAACCUUGCUGUCUACCGAUUCACUCGCGUAACACUCAGCAUUAACGCAUCGCCCUUUCUGCUAAGUGCAACAAUUCUUUACUGCCUGAAGAAUUUUGUCGAAAAAAAGGAGCUUGCAGAAGAAAUUGCGGCUAAUCUCUGUGUCGAUGACUUUUUCAUUCUUGCUGAAACGAAAGAAGAUGCAAUAAGAAAGUACACUACACGCAAAUCUCGGAACUGCAGAUGGAUUUGCGCGAAUUCGUUCCCAACAGCACAGAAAUUAUAG